CCGGAACCAUCGCUGUGUAACUGUGUUCAUACCGGAGUGUUUCCGGCGGCGCACCAGCUUCCGGUUUGUCUCCGCUGGCGCUAGUUUUCCGUUGUGUUCGCUAGAGAGUCUGCACGACGCUAAUUCAUCAAAACACACACUCUUCCAGCAUGCACAGAUAAGACUGUGCGCUCCUGCCCCGCGACCAGCUGCUCUCAUCAUGGCGGUCCCGAUGGAGAGCCAGCUGCAGAGUAUUUUUGAGGAAGUAGUGAAAACUGAGGUGAUUGAAGAGGCGUUUGCUGGCAUGUUUAUGGACAGUCCGGAGGAUGAGAGGACCAAACUGGUGAGCUGUUUAGGAGCGUUUAGGCAGUACUGGAGCACUCUUCCUCAGGAGUCACAUGAUCAGUGCGUGCAGUGGAUCGUCCGCUUCAUUCACAGUCAGCACAGCCCCAAACGCAUCGCCUUCCUCUAUGACUGUCUGGCCAUGGCGGUGGAGACCAGCCUGCUGCCUCCCAGGAUGGUGUGUCAGGCUCUGGUCAGCUCUGACACUCUGGAGUGGGAGAGGACUCAGCUCUGGGCUCUGACCUUCAAACUCAUCCGCAAAAUCAUCGGAGGAGUCGACUACAAGGGCGUGAGGGAUCUGCUGAAGGCCGUGUUGGACAAGAUUCAGACCGUCCCAAACUUCAUGAGCUCGGCUGUGGUCCAGCAGCUGCUCGCAGCUCGAGAAGUGGUGGAGUACAUACUGGACCGCAACGCCUGUCUGCUGCCGGCGUACUUCGCUGUGACGGAGAUCAGGAAGCUGUAUCCGGAGGGCACGCUCUCACACUGGCUGUUGGGCAGCCUGAUAUCUGACUUUGUAGAUAGUUUCAGACCGACUGCCCGUAUUAACUCCAUCUGCGGUCGCUGCAGUCUUCUGCCAGUGGUUAAUAAUUCUGGGGCUAUCUGUAACUCGUGGAAACUGGACCCGAGCACUCUGCGCUUCCCGCUGAGGGGCAUGCUGCCCUAUGAUAAGGACCUGUUCGAGCCGCAGACGGGUCUGCUGAGGUAUGUGCUGGAGCAGCCGUACUCCAGAGACAUGGUGUGCAACAUGCUCGGCCUCAACAAACAGACCUUGAACAUUGCUCAGCACAAGCAGAGGUGUCCGGUUCUGGAGGACCAGCUGGUGGAUCUGGUGGUGUACGCCAUGGAGCGGUCCGAGACGGAGGAGCAGUUCGACGACGGCGGCACCAGUCAGCUCCUGUGGCAGCACCUCUCCAGCCAGCUCAUCUUCUUCGUUCUGUUCCAGUUCGCUAGCUUCCCUCACAUGGUGCUGUCGCUACAUCAGAAGCUGGCCGGUCGGGGUUUGAUCAAAGGCAGGGAUCACCUGAUGUGGGUGCUCCUGCAGUUCAUCUCAGGAAGUAUUCAGAAGAACGCUCUGGCUGACUUCCUGCCCGUCAUGAAGCUGUUUGACCUGCUGUACCCCGAGAAAGAGUGUAUCCCAGUCCCGGACAUCAACAAGCCUCAGUCCACGCACGCCUUCGCAAUGACCUGCAUCUGGAUUCACCUGAACCGCAAAGCUCAGAACGACAACUCCAAGCUCCAGAUCCCCAUCCCACACUCGCUCAAGCUGCACCACGAGUUUCUCCAGCAGAGUCUGCGCAAUAAGAGUCUGCCCAUGACCGACUAUAAGAUCGCUCUGCUGUGUAACGCGUACUCCACAAACUCCGAGUGCUUCACGCUGCCCAUGGGUGUGCUGGUGGAGACCAUCUACGGUAACGGCAGCAUGCGCAUCACUCUGCCCGGCACCAACUGCAUGGCGUCCGGCUCGGUCACGCCUUUACCCAUGAACCUGCUGGACUCCCUCACUGUCCACGCUAAGAUGAGCUUGAUCCACAGCAUUGCAACCCGUGUCAUUAAACUGGCCCACGCCAAGUCUAGUCUAGCCCUGGCCCCAGCCUUGGUGGAGACGUACAGCCGACUGCUGGUCUACAUGGAGAUCGAGUCCCUCGGCAUUAAGGGCUUCAUCAGUCAGCUUCUGCCGAACGUGUUCAAGUCGCACGCGUGGGGGAUUCUUCACACGCUGCUGGAGAUGUUCAGUUACCGCAUGCACCACAUUCAGCCUCAUUACCGCGUGCAGCUCCUGUCACACCUUCACUCGCUCGCCGCCGUUCCACAGACCAAUCAGAACCAGCUGCACCUCUGUGUCGAGAGUACCGCUCUGAGGUUGAUCACGGCUCUGGGGAGUUCAGAGGUUCAGCCGCAGUUCACACGUUUCCUCAAUGACCCUAAAACUGUGCUGUCUGCCGAGUCAGAGGAGCUGAACCGAGCGCUGAUCCUCACCCUGGCUCGAGCCACACACGUCACAGAUUUCUUCACUGGCUCGGACUCCAUUCAGGGCACCUGGUGUAAGGACAUCCUGCAGACCAUCAUGAACUUCACACCUCAUAACUGGGCCUCUCACACGCUCAGCUGUUUCCCUGCUCCGCUGCAGGCGUUCUUCAAGCAGAAUAACGUUCCACAGGAGAGCCGUUUUAACCUGAAGAAGAACGUGGAGGAGGAGUACAGGAAGUGGAAGUCUAUGACCGUUGAGAACGACAUCAUCACACACUUCUCCAUGCAGGGCUCGCCGCCCCUCUUCCUGUGUCUGCUGUGGAAGAUGCUGCUGGAGACGGACCACAUCAACCAGAUCGGCUUCAGGGUGCUGGAGCGCAUCGGGGCGCGGGCUCUGGUGGCCCACGUGCGGACGUUUGCAGACUUCCUGGUGUACGAGUUCAGCACGUCUGCAGGAGGACAGCAGCUCAACAAGUGCAUCGAGAUCCUCAACGACAUGGUGUGGAAGUACAACAUCGUGACGCUGGACAGACUCAUCCUGUGCCUGGCGAUGAGGAGUCACGAGGGGAACGAGGCUCAGGUCUGCUACUUCAUCAUCCAGCUCCUCCUCCUCAAACCCAACGACUUCCGCAACCGCGUCGGUGAUUUCGUGAAGGAGAACGCUCCCGAACACUGGCUGCAGAGCGACUGGCACACCAAACACAUGACCUACCACAAGAAGUAUCCAGAGAAGCUGUACUUCGAAGGUCUGGCAGAGCAGGUCAACCCUCCCAUUCAGCAGCCCUUACAGUACCUGCCCAUCUACUUCGGUAACGUGUGUCUGCGCUUCCUUCCUGUGUUCGACAUCGUCAUCCAUCGCUUCCUGGAGCUGCUGCCUGUGUCCAAGUCUCUGGAGACGCUGCUCGAUCACCUGGGGGGGCUCUACAAGUUCCAUGAUCGUCCGGUGACGUACCUGUACAACACGCUGCACUAUUACGAGAGACACCUGCGAGAUCGCACCAACCUGAAGAGGAAGCUGGUGCACGCCAUCAUGAGCUCGCUCAAAGACAACCGCACGCCUGGCUGGUGUCUCAGCGAGACCUACCUGAAGUGUGGCAUGAACCCCCGGGAAGACAGCGUCUGGAUCCCCGACGACACGUACUACUGCAAACUCAUCGGGCGGCUCGUGGAUACCAUGGCCGGUAAAUCUCCAGGGCCGUUCCCCAACUGUGACUGGAGGUUUAACGAGUUUCCAAACCCGGCCGCACACGCGCUGCACGUCACCUGUGUGGAGCUGAUGGCUCUGGCCGUGCCGGGGAAAGACGUGGGCAACGCUCUGCUCAAUGUCGUGCUCAAGAGUCAGCCGCUGGUUCCUCGGGAGAACAUCACGGCGUGGAUGAAUGCUAUCGGCCUGGUCAUCACAGCCCUGCCUGAGCCGUACUGGAUCGUGCUUCACGACCGUAUCGUGAGUGUGAUCAGCAGUGCGGUUCUGAGUUCGGAGACGGAGUGGGUGGGUUACCCGUUCCAGCUGCUGGACUUCACCGCCUGUCACCGCUCGUACUCAGAGAUGCACUGCAGCUAUAUUCUGGCGCUGGCUCACGCCGUCUGGCAUCACUCCAGCAUCGGACAGCUGUCCCUCAUACCCAAGUUCCUCUCGGAGGUGCUGAAGCCCAUCGUGAAGAGCUGAAUGCCCAUCGUUGAAACGGAGUUCCAGCUGCUGUACGUGUAAUCACCCUGGUGGGGUCCCUUUUUCUGCAGCGCUUCCAGGCAGGAUAGGACGAGAUGCCUCUCUCAGAUUGGAGUGGCGUUUUAUGAGAUGCUUCAGGCUGUGGACCAGCACAGUAAACACCUGGCCUACAUGGACCCCAUCUGUGACUUCCUGUACCACAUCAAAUACAUGUUUACUGGAGACAGCGUCAAAGACCAGGUGGAGAGGAUCAUCUGUUCUCUGAGGCCGGCGAUGCGUCUCCGUCUGCGCUUCAUCACUCACAUCAGUAAGAUGGAGCCUGCGGCAGCAGCCUCCGUCCCUCAGUCCAGCAGCGUCUCGUCCCCCGUGGCCCCCAGCAUCCCUCUGUCUGUGUCCCAGUGAGCUCUGGACGCACCGCUGCUGGUCUCCAGACCGCGCUCAGGACACACAGUAUGAAGAUCAUGUCACAUGAGCUGUGUUUUACGUGCCAGGCUUUGAUUCUGUUUGAAAACCAGCACAAACUUCCAGCGCCUGCCUUAUUUAGACGGAGGAAUGAGCCUGAUGGGGUGGUGUUUAUCAUCAAGACUUUUUCCUGAAGCCUUCAGCUUGGACUUUGAUAGAGUAGGUUUUUUAUGUUUUGUUUUUGCAUUUAGCCAUGUCUCUUUUUUUUUUUUUUUCCGUUUGUAUUAAAGACUAAUCAUGUGUUAA